AUGCUGCACAUGAGCGUGCUAGCAGGCAGUACUAAGCUUCACCCAGAGGACAUGAGAGCUUGGCACUUGUGGACGGUCAUUUGUUGGAGCCAGUUGAUUAUACAAGACCUUCUGAUGGGUGGUCUGCAGCUGUGGUUCCUUACGUACGUUGAGAAAAAUGGCAGCAUGAGGAAUGCGUUGCUCUUCUCGGUCGCCUCGUUCAUCCUCUCCUUCCCUGCUGCGAUCGAUCCUACGGUAACCUUCGGAGAGGAGGAUCUACACCCACUUCGGUCAAUAGCAAAACUCCAGCACUACAUGGAGCAAGAUAUCGAGGAUUAUGACAAAGUGUACAUGCGAAUCCUCCUCGAAGAGGCUUCCCAUAUCAGUUUGCUCCAGGAUUCACCUACUCUCCUGAGGGCAACGAGGUUCAAAUGGGAGCAGGAAAUCCAGAUUCAGGAGGGCAGCGCUGUGGGGGCAUACUUCCCUGUUGGUGUCGACGAAAUGUCGUCCAAGCCUUAUCCAGCCAGGGUCGAAAGGGUCAAUCAUCCUGGAGGAUGA